AUGGAGCACGGCUCUGACGGCGAGGCCCAGCAGCCCCUGCUGGGCCGACACUCGCUGGAGGAGCAGCAGCAUGGCGGCGGCAGCUCGGACCAUUCGACCCACGGGGGGAGGGGGUGGCUGUCUGAACAGCUGCGCGGCGGCGGCAGCGGCCUGCUGCGAGAGUCGCCUUCAGACCACACCACCGCCGCCGGCGCCCUGCUGCCGCCGGGCUACCAGCUGCCCAAGCUGCCGCCAAUGAGGGGGCCGUCUGGGGUGCGGCACGGGGCAGCGGCCUCCUCACGGGCACGGCGCAGCGCGUGGAUCGUGAUCGACAUGAAUGCCAAGCGCUCCUUCCUGCACGCCGACAAGCGGUCGCUCAUCAUCCAGCUGGGGCUGGGCAUCCCCAUCCGAGACAUGCGCCUGCUCGACUUCAACCUCCUCUCCUCAGAGACGGGCAAGCUGCUGGUGCGCGACAACGCCUUCAUCCUGUCGAUAGAACACGUGCGCCUCAUCAUCACGGCAGACAAGGUGCUGAUACCGCGGGAGGGGUACGAGCACAACCCGCUCAGCAACCGGUUUGUGGAUGUGCUGGAGGAGAGCAUCGCUGAGUGGGCGCGGCAGCAGAGCGCGGCCACCCGCCCAGUCAGCAUCGACAUCAGCAUGCACGGCGGCCCGCAUGCCGCCCAGCACUCUGACUUUGAGGACGACCACUCCAGCGGCAUGCACUCCCACGACUCCCUGCAGCUGCCCUUUGAGCUGGUGGCGCUGGAGGCGGCGCUGAAGGAGGUGGUGGGCGGCCGCGGCAGGGGCUGCCGCUGCAUCCUGGGAGAGAACCUGGUGAUCCCGCCCUUCCUCACCACCAGCGUGGACAAGUUCUGGGCCAUCAACGCCAUUGCAUUCGUGCUGUGCUUCUCCUUCUUCUAUAGCAUGCUGCUGUACAUGAGGUGGCGCAAGCUGCUCUGA